UCUGCGCCGCACUCCGAGCCCAGCGCCGUCCUGAGAUGCCGCCGCGUGGGCGUGGCUAUCCGCUUCGUCGCAGCCCCAGGUCACCACAAUCUCCCCGGUCAAUACGAUCUCCCCGGUCUCCACGGUCCCCGCGGCCCCGCGACCCUAGGCCAUGGCCCCCGCGGCCGCCAGCCCCCCGGAGGUAGUCCGCGCGGCGCAGAAGGACGACUACUACCGCGGCGGGCUGCGGAGCGCGGCGGGCGGCGCCCUGCACAGCCUCGCGGGUGCGAAGAAGUGGCUGGAGUGGAGGAGAGAGAUUGAGCUGGUGUCGGAUGUCGCCUACUUUGGCCUCACUACACUGGCAGGCUACCAGACCCUCGGGGAGGAGUACGUCAGCAUCGUGCAGGUGGACCCGACCCAGGGCCGAGUGCCCUCGAGGUUGCGCCGUGGGGUACUGGUGGCGCUGCACACCGUCCUGCCCUACCUGCUGGACAAGGCCCUGCUCCACCUGGAGCACGAGCUGCAGGCCGAUGGCGACGGCGCCUGGCCCUCGCGGGGCAGCCUGGCCCCCGGUGCCCGUGGCCAGUCGGGGGCAAGGCGCUGGGUGCGCCGGUGCACGGCCGCCCUGACGGAACAGCAGCAGGGGACGCUCCUGCGGGCUGUGUUGGUGCUCAGGCAGGGCCUCGGGUGCCUCCAGCGUCUCCACGUCGCCUGGUUCUACAUCCAUGGCGCCUUCUACCACCUGGCCAAGAGGUUCACAGGCAUCACCUACCUCCGUGUCCGCCACCCGCUCGCAGAGGACCCUCGGGCCCGUGCCAGCUACAGGUUGCUGGGGCUCGUGUCCCUGCUGCAUGUGGCACUGGCCGCGGGCCUGCAGCUCUACGGCUUCCGGCAGAGGCAGCGCGCCCAGAGGGAGUGGAGGCCGCAGCGUGGCCUGUCCCACCGCAGGAGCUACGCAGAGGAGAGAGCAGUUUCCAGAACCUCGCUGUGCACCCUGUGCCUGGAGGAGCGCAGGUACUCGACGGCCACGCCCUGCGGCCACCUGUUCUGCUGGGACUGCAUCACCCACUGGGCCGACACCAAGAUGGAGUGUCCCCUCUGCAGGGAGAAGUUCCUCCCCCAGAAGCUGGUCUACCUGCGGCACUACCGCUGACCCGACGGAGGGAGGAACCCAGGAGUCUUUCCUGAUGUCCGGAGGAAGUUUAUUCUCAAGGUUGACAAGUUGACUUUACUUGCACAGAAAUCGUGAAACUCUCUUUUAUUCUGUGUCACAUAAGACACCGUGCCAGCCGCCGGGGAGGACAGGCGCUGGACCUGGACCUGGACCUGGACCUGGCCGUGAAAUGGCUUCAGGGCAGGUUGGGCAGGGCCUGCAGGGCUGCCAGCCAGACAGCUCAGCACUUAAACAGAACUUCCCUCCCUUCCCCAAACCGGUCAUUUCUAUCCAACACCCUGCACACAGUGAGGGCGGGGCCAGACGGGCCAGGACUGAGCAGGCGCCGAGAACCAGCAGCGUGCCUUCCCGGCGUGGUCGGUCUUCCAGCCCCAACGACCCACAAACCUUAACCCUUGUCACCAGAGCUGGCUUUUGGGGCGAGGGGGCACAGCCCUUCCCGGAAAGCAAGGAGCCGUGAUCGCCCCCUAACGCAUUUGGCAGGUGCCUUCUAAUAAAUGUCAAGUUUGUUUCCCGUUUUAGAAAAUGGAGGACUUUCCUGGUGGCGCAGUGAUUAAGAAUCCACCUGCCAAUGCAGGGCACACGGGUUCGAGCCCUGGUCCGGGAAGAUCCCACAUGCCGCGGAGCAACUAAGCCCGUGUGCCACAACUACUGAGCCUGCGCUCUAGAGCCCGUGUGCCACAACUGCUGAGCCCGCGCGCCUAGAGCCUGUGCUCCACAACAAGAGAAGCCGCCGCAAUGAGAAGCCCACGCACCGCAACGAAGAGUAACCCCUGCUCACCACAACUAGAGAAAGCCCACGCUCAGCAACAAAGACCCAAUGCAGCCAAAAAUAAAUAAAUUUUAAAAAUAAAUAAAACGGAAGUGUGCGUCCUGGCCAUUCAACACGAGCGGUCUCCUCCUGCUUGGAGCGCCUGGUGGGCCCCAGUCAGCCUGACCCACUGAGGCCACCCAUCUCCAAAGCUGGUGGUGGGCCAGCUUGCCUACACCAGCUCACUGCUGUGUCCAUCACACUUCCUGCCACCUUUUUUGUUAUUUUCAGGUUUUUAGAUCUACCUAAGCUGUGCAGAGACAGGACUUUGCCGUAGGCAUCCUUACAACACCAAUUCCACAGAAGUGCUGGUGUGUUAGCACCAUGAGGUGAACGGAAAAGGGGCCCUCCCAGGGCCCCUGCAGGCUGCUUCUCCCUCCAUGUGACUCUGUGGGCGCGGCGAUGCAGGAACAGAGACUCCUCGGUGAGCAGAGGUCAGCCCCAGACGCAGGCCGUGACCGUGGGCCCUGCUCUGGACGGGCAGGAGCCCCAGGGGAGGCUCCACGGUUCCCAAAACCCCUUACUUACACUCACCAAGUGCCCGCAACUUCCCGUAUUUCAGGCCUGUGCAUUUACCAGGAAAACAGUAUGAAAAACAAAAUAAAGUCUAGAGUUUGAA